GCAGCGCGUAAACACAGUUGGGACACUGUGCGCGAGUUUGCGGAGUGGAUCGCGGACCAGGAUGCGACGGGGGAGCCAACAAGCGUCAUGGCAGUGAUGAACUUUGUACGCAGAAAUGUGCGACCGGUGUGCGACCAGUGUGCGACCGGUGUGCGACCGCGCGAGGUUGGGCGGAGCCUUGCCUGGUGGAUUGGUGGACCAUUGUGCGACCAGUGUGCAACCGGUGUGCGACCGGUGUGCGACCGCGUGAGGCUGGGUGGUACGCUCCCCGGCCGAAUGGUGGACCAUGUCACAACUAAAGACGAGUCCUAA